UGGGCCGGGCAGCCAUUUUGGGAAGAGCUUUGUUAUGGUUGUGGGCUAGUCACCUCUGCGGGUCGAAGAAGCUGUGGACGCGUCCUCGAGACGCCGAGCCUCGUCCUUGGUCGUAGCCCUUCCGCUGCUGGAUUGGUAGAUUCAAGCGAGUGGCUUUCUUGAUUGAUGAUGGCUGUGGGCCCAAAUUAAAAAGUGAUUUCUCUACCAAAGCAAUAGAAGAUUCUUCAUACCAUCUCUGGAAGCUCAUUUCGUUUUUGGGAAGAACAAGUUGAAUACAGAAAACUAAGAACACCUCAUUUUGAAAUUCUUUGUCUCCUUGACUCCUACUUGCUAUAAUAUUGCUCUGAAUUUAUAAAUAGUAAAGACCAAAGAAAUAGAGUAUAUGUUUAGGAGCUUUAUACCAAGAAAUUUGCCUUGAAAGCUGCUGUUCUUUGGCGGGAAAAAUUUAUUGGUUUCCUGUCAGACUUUUUUUUUAAAAAAGAUUUCUUAUGUCCUUAGAAUUUGAGCAUUAAAUACAUGUAACCAUACACUGCUUUCAGCAGUUGUGUAAAGAACAAGAUUUUUGUUUUAAGGGCUUUGUCAUGUGGAGGUUUUACCGUUGGAGUUGACUACUCAGAUCUUUUGUAGUGCUGUACUACUACAUAUUUGAUCUAUUGCCUUGAUGACAUUUUUUGCCCAUACCUGAGACCAUCUGUCUCUCUAGCUAUGACCUUGUUAUGAAUAGUGUUUGCACUCACAGUGCAAAUGUCUAUGCAUCACCUAUUUAAGCAAAAUCAUAGUGCUAUUACUCAAGGAAGUUGGAUGAGGUGAACAUAGAUACAGCUUUUUACCCUUUCCCCCCUUUUUAAAUGUAACAAAUACUUUUUAUGUUCCCCUUCCCCCUUCCCCCUCCCCUUUCCCCUUUCGGAAACGUGUCAGGAACUAGGUAGUUUAGAGUGAGCAAUUGAAAGGAUCAAGAGAGUGAGCCACACAGAGCUGGCUGUUUUGUGAUUCAUCAAAAGGCGUAUUGCUGGUCUGGCUGCUAUUUUCAUAAGAAAACCACGUGGAAGAUCCAGCUGGCCUAUUCAAGGAGUUUGGGAAACAGGACCACAGAGGUGACACUCUGGGUUGUCCCUUUACAGAUCCUGGCCAUGAGGUUGGAUGCCUCAUCUUGCUGAAAAGAGACACUGGACCUAAAUGGCGCAGCAUGACUUUGUUCCUGCUUGGCUAAAUUUCUCAACACCACAGUCAGCUAAGUCUCCUACAACCACCUUUGAAAAACACGGAGAGCACCUAUCCCGUGGAGAAGGUAGAUUUGGAAUAAGCCGUCGUCGACAUAAUUCCUCUGAUGGCUUUUUUAACAAUGGACCUCUACGGACUACAGGAGAUUCUUGGCACCAACCUUCCCUGUUCCGCCAUGAUUCUGUGGACUCUGGUGUCUCUAAGGGAACAUAUGCUGGAAUCACAGGGAACCCGUCUGGGUGGCAUGGCUCCUCCCGUGGUCAUGAUGGCAUAAGUCAGCGUAGUGGAGGUGGCCCAGGGAAUCAUCGACACUGGAAUGGCAGCUUCCACUCCCGGAAAGGCUGUGCCUUUCCAGAAAAGCCAUCUGCAGAGAUUAGAGAUGAAAAAAAAGAAGACAAGGUGGAAAAGUUGCAGUUUGAAGAGGAAGACUUUCCUUCUUUGAAUCCAGAAGCUGGGAAACAGAAUCAUCCAUGCAGACCUAUUAGUACCCCUUCUGGAGUGUGGGAAAACCCACCUAGUGCCAAGCAACCCUCCAAGAUGCUAGUCAUCAAAAAAGUUUCCAAAGAGGAUCCUGCUGCUGCCUUCUCUGCUGCAUUCACCUCAUCAGGGUCUCAUGCUAAUGGCAACAAAAUCUCAAACAUGGUCCCAAGUGUCUAUAAGAACCUGGUUCCUAAGCCUGCACCACCUCCUUCUAAGCCCAAUGCAUGGAAAGCUAACCGAAUGGAGCACAAAUCAGGAUCCCUUUCCUCUAGCCGGGAGUCAGCUUUUACCAAUCCUAUCUCUGUUACUAAACCAGUGAUACUGGCUGGUGGCACAGUUUUAAGCUCUCCCAAAGAGAGUCCUUCAAGCACUACCCCUCCAAUUGAGAUCAGCUCCUCUCGUCUGACCAAGUUGACCCGCCGAACCACCGACAGGAAAAGUGAGUUCCUGAAGACUCUAAAGGAUGACCGGAAUGGAGACUUCUCAGAGAACAGAGACUGUGACAAGAUGGAUGAUUUGGAGGGCAAAAACACACCUGAACCAAAGGAAAAUGGGGAAGAAAGCUGCCUUCAGAAUGGUCUUGGUCUUCCCAUUGUGGAAGAAAAAGAGGUCCUCUCACAUUCUCUGGAAGCAGAGCACAGGUUAUUGAAAGCAAUGGGAUGGCAGGAAUAUCCUGAAAAUGAUGAGAAUUGCCUUCCUCUCACAGAGGAUGAGCUCAAAGAAUUCCACAUGAAAACAGAGCAGCUGCGAAGAAAUGGCUUUGGGAAGAAUGGUUUCUUGCAGAGGCGCAAUUCCACCCUGUUCUCCCCAUGGAGAAGCACUUGCAAGGCAGAGUUUGAAGACUCAGACACAGAAACCAGUAGCAGUGAAACAUCAGAUGACGAUGCCUGGAAGUAGGCAUAGAAAUGCUCACAGUUAAUCUGACCCAGUAAACUCAGCUUAUCUGUUUAGAGAUAUAAAAAAGGAAAUUGUUCUUUUCCUUUUCUUAUGUUGAAUACUUUGUGCACAAGGGAAAUAAUCAUAUCCCAAAGAGAGAGCAAUUGUCUUGCUUAGCUUUUGUUGUUCUUCCCUGUUAACUGCUUAGUUGAGAGAAGUAUGUGUGGCAGCGUUUUUAAAGUACACACGGAGAACAUGUGGGGCGAUGCACACGUGGGAGCUGGCAGUGCAGAGACACAGAGGAGACACUGGUCUGCCCGACAGCUUCUAUACUAGCCCUCGGGACACACCCCAUGCUCAAGCAAUCAUUGUCAAUGACAAAGUGACUAUUGAAGUUAUAAUUGUAUUAAAUUAAUGCUAAUAAUUUGGAUAUUUUAUUUUUGGCUGCUCGGGUAACGUUAGCCCUUAACCAAGCAUAUGUGGUUUUUGUUUUUUGUUUUUUUUUUUUUUUUUUUUUGGUUUUUGUUUCUUUUUCUUUUUUUGGGUACAGCUGUAAAAUAUUUGGAUAUAGGAAAUGUUGUUAUUCUUGCAGCCUUGAUAUUCAGGGUGGAUUGUAAAAUAUAAAUUUUUGUGAGAUUUCAAAGAUUAAGAUUAUUUUGAUAACAUUAUUUACAGAUUUAAAGAUGUGGUUAUCACAAGUCUGUUGAGGGGGAAAACUACUGCAUAAAAUAACUAACUUGGAAUAAAUAUUUUGCAUCAGUUUGGA